AUGAGUUUAGAAUUAUAUGGUUCUAAUAAAAGUACCUUGUUGGCAUUAGUCAAUAAUCUAAAAUUAUCAAUCGCUGCAUCGGUGUACCAACCAAACUUAAAAUUAACAUUACCGGAACAACAAAAUGAUUUACAACAUGAAUUUUUAUUGAAAGACAAGAAAACAGGAUUUGAAUUAUUUGAACCAAAUGCUAUUGUUAAAUAUUUAGCUGAUGAUUAUACUACCGACGAGUAUUUGAAAUUAGAAGAGACUGAAUUAUAUAAGGCUAUUUUAUCGAACAAAAAGGAUUCAUUAUCAAAAGUUAAUAUUAAAACUCCUUCAAAAGUUGAAUUAACACCUUCACAAAUCAUAUUAUUUGCUUCAUUAUAUCCAAUAUAUAGUGACUCUACUGAAAACAAAUGGUUCACUGAACUUGCAUCAAAUGAAAAAGUUUCACCAGGUAUUCAAAAUGCAUUAUCAAUAACUAAAAUAGAACGUGAAAAGGAAACAAAUACUGGAGCUCAAAAUUAUAAUAAAGAAUACUUGGUGAAACCUCAAACUGAAAGAAUCACACCUAAAGAAAAUGAACGUAAUAUUUUAAUUACUUCCGCAUUACCUUAUGUAAAUAAUGUCCCACAUUUAGGUAAUAUUAUUGGAUCAGUGUUGAGUGCGGAUAUUUAUUCAAGAUAUGUUAAAAAUAGAAAUUAUAAUGCCAUUUAUAUAUGUGGUACUGAUGAAUAUGGAACUGCAACAGAAACAAAAGCUUUGGAGGAUGGAGUAACACCACAAGAACUAUGUGAUAAAUAUCAUAAAAUCCAUAAAGAAGUUUAUGAUUGGUUUGAUAUUGAAUUUGAUUAUUUUGGUAGAACAACCACUGAAUUACAAACUGAAAUUGCACAAGAUAUCUUUACCAAAUUGUAUAAUAAUAAAUAUAUGGAAGAAAAAACUACUGAACAGUUAUAUUGUGAAGAACAUAAAUCUUUCUUAGCUGAUAGAUUUGUUGAAGGUAUAUGUCCAAAAUGUGGAUAUGAAGAUGCAAGAGGUGAUCAAUGUGAUAAAUGUGGUAAUUUAUUAGAUCCUUUGGAAUUAAUUGAACCAAGAUGUAAAGUUGAUGGACAUAAACCAAUUAUAAAAGAAUCAACUCAUAUUUAUUUGAAAUUAAAUGAUUUAGAGGAACCACUUAAACAAUGGGUUUUGAAAGCAAGUGAGGAAUGGUCAAAGAAUUCAAAGACUAUUACUAACUCAUGGUUGAAACAAGGUUUAGAACCAAGAUGUAUCACAAGAGAUUUAAAAUGGGGAACACCUGUUCCUUCAAAAGGUUAUGAAAAUAAAGUUUUAUAUGUUUGGUUCGAUGCUACAAUUGGGUAUGUCUCAAUAACUGCAAACUAUUUCAAGGACAAUCAAGAAACAUCAACUGAGAAUUGGCAAAAAUGGUGGAAAAAUCCUGAAAAUGUUGAAUUAUAUCAAUUUAUGGGUAAAGAUAAUGUUCCUUUCCACACUGUCGUAUUCCCGGCUUCACAAAUUGGUACAGGUGAUGAAUGGACUAAAUUGCAUCAUUUAAGUACCACUGAAUACUUACAGUAUGAAGGUGGGAAAUUUUCGAAAUCAAGAAAUGUUGGUGUAUUUGGAAAUAAUGCUAAAACAACAGGUGUAAAUUCCUCAGUUUGGAGAUAUUAUUUAUCAUCAAUAAGACCGGAAUCAAGUGAUUCACAAUUUUCAUGGGAUGAAUUUGUUGGUAAAAACAAUAGUGAAUUAUUAUCAAAUUUAGGAAAUUUUGUCAAUAGAAUUGUUAAAUUUGUUAAUGCCAAAUACAAUGGGGUUAUACCCAAAUUUGAUACAAAGAAUAUCCCAAACUUUGAAACAUUUGUUGGAGAAAUUAACGAAUUAUUAAAAUCAUACAAUCAAAAUAUGGAAAAAGUUCAAUUAAGAAGAGGGUUGGAUUUAGCUAUGCAAAUUUCAAGUAAAGGUAAUCAAUUUUUACAAGAUAAUAAAUUAGAUAAUUCAUUAUAUAAUGACCAUCCACAAAAAUCAGAUGCUGUUGUUGCUGUGGGGAUAAAUUUAGUUUAUUUGAUUGGUUCUUUGAUAUCACCAUUCAUGCCACAAACAACCACACAAAUAAAUGAAAUAUUAAAUGUUUCUGCACUUAGUAUUCCUAAUGAACUUGAUACAUUUAUUUUACCAGGUCAUAAUAUUAAUAAAGCUCAAUAUCUUUUCAAAAGAAUUGAAGAUUCUAAGAUUGAAGAGUGGAGAAAAUUAUAUGGUGGUGGCUCAUCAGUUGCAAAAUAA